AUGGCAAGUGUUGCUCGCUUACAACUCCAUACGCUUCGGUUUUCUAAUUUGUCCAAGUCCACCUCUUUGAAUUCACAGCAACCGGGUCUCUUUGUUAAUCAAAACCCAUUUAGGAGGGCCUAUUCUCUCCCGGAUUCUUCCCUUGCUCGCUCUGUUUCUUACAGACCCAGAAAGCAGUUUGUACAUUUCAAGGCACAGGCCGCUGUUGCUGAAACAGACCAACCAGAAUGGUGGGAAAGAAGUGUUCCGAAUAUGAUUGACAUACGUUCAACUCAAGAAUUCGUAAGUGCUUUAGCUGAAGCUGGAGAUAGAUUAGUUCUCGUAGAAUUCUACGCUCCUUCGUGUCGUUCUUGCCGUGCAUUAUUUCCUAAGCUCUGCAAAACAGCUGAGGAUCACCCUGAGAUUCUAUUUCUGAAAGUGAAUUUUGAUGAGAACAAGAAAUUGUGCGAAAUUAUGAAAGUGAAGGUCCUUCCCUAUUUCCACUUUUACAGUGCAUCUGAGGGACAGCUCGAAUCCUUUGCAUGUUCAUUAGCUAGCUUCCAGAAAAUAAAGGAUGCUAUUCAAUUACACAACACUACUCGUUGCAGCAUCGGCUCUGAUCCAAAGGGUGUUGGAGAUAUUAAACUGGAACCUUUCCUUGGUUCAGAAGGACAAACCCUAGGAGAAUCUUCUUCAGGAUAA